UCACCAUGCUUUCAAACUUCUUGUUGCUCAUUUGUAUACUAACUUCGUCCUCCAUUUUACUACCCAUUCUUAUAAUAACAAAUGCCUUCGUCAUCAGGAAAUCUUGUUGCUUCAACUCAAGCAUGAGUUGAUCUUCUAUUAAUUCCUCUAGUUCAACAAAACUGGUGCGAUGGAAUGAAAGUGAUGCGUGCUGCAAGUGGCCCAGUGUGGAAUGUGAUGCUUCUGGCUAUGUCCUUAGUUUGCAGCUCGAUGAUGAGGGUAUUUCUGGUGGAAUCGGGGAUUCGUUGAGUCUCUUCAGAUUAAAAAAUCUCCAGAAGCUUAACCUUGCCCACAAUUACUUCAGUGAUGCCAUUCCAAAAGGUUCCUUCUGAAAUUUUGACCUUAACGAGAUUGGCUAGUCUCGAUAUCUCCAACGGGUUUGGCUAUCCUCAUAGCCUUGAGCACCCAACUUUGGAGAUGCUUCUCCAAAAUCUAACAGAGCUUAGAGAGCUCAAUUUUGAAGGUGUCAAUAUCACUUCUUCAGAUGAAAGGCGAAAAUGGAGCCACAUUGAAUCAUCACAUUUACCCAACCUCACCUCUUUGAGCUUGGUUAAUUGUGGUCUUUCUGGCCCUUUGCCUAAAUCAUUUUGGCAACUUCGUUCCCUUUCCAUUAUUCGACUAGAUCAGAACAAUGAAAGGAAAAAUAUGACUUGUUCAUCAAUUUUCCAAGUCUGACCACCUUGACUCUCAGUCUCUGCAAAUUGAAGGGCCCAAUUCCAUCUACCUUUGCUAACCUAACCAAGCUGAUUCAUGUUGAUCUGUCAGGUAACUUCUUGACAGGCUUACUUCCCUCUACAUUGUUUGCUAACCUAACAGAGCUGAUUCAUGUUGAUUUGUAAGAUAACUCCUUGACAGGCUCACUUUCACAUACUAUAUUUGAAGGUCUUUCCAAUCUUGUUCAUCUAAAUUUUCAUGGAAAUUCAUUCUAUGGUAACAUCCCCUUAUCUCGUUUUGGUCUCCCAUCAUUGUUGGAACUUGAUCUUAGUGACAACCAUUUUAAUGGCACUUUUCAACUCGACAACUUCCGAAGCCUUCCCAAUCUCACAUUGCUUCGUCUCUCCCACAAUAGCUUGUUAAUAGAUGCUGGCAACGUCAAUUCGAGCUCAUAUGGAGGUCUUCAAUUAAAAGAGGCAUACCUAAAUUCAUGUAACUUGUCCAGUUUUCCUGAUUUCAUCAAACAUUCGGAUCUAGAAACAUUAGAUAUCGUAAACAAUCAGAUUGUGGGGGAAAUACCUAGUUGGAUUUGGGGAACACAACUUGUGAAUUUGGACCUCUCCUUUAAUUAAGUGGAUCAAUUCCAAUCUCCAUCUGUAAUUCCACACGACUAUAUAAUCUUGACUUGUCUACAAAUAAAUUAAAUGGAUCAAUUCCAAUC